AUUUAUUACAAUUUUUUAUAUAUGGAAUUAUGCACAUUUAAUGUUAAUUACGGAUACCUAGAAGGUAUAGUACGUGGAUAUCGAUCCACAUUCCUAACUGCCAUGGAUUAUAAGAAAAUGGGAGUGGCAGAGUCUCUAGAGGAUCUGAGAACAGUUCUGGAGGCAACAGAUUAUACAUCGGCGUUUAUAGAUGAACAGGCACAAAUUACAACUAAGUUAAUCUCGAAAAGAUGCAAGGAAAAACUAGCGUCAGACUACCAGUACCUAAGGCAGCAAUCGGACGGAGAUUUAGCAGUAUUUUUAGACUUCAUAGCGAGAGAAAAGAUGAUUGAUAAUCUCAUAGCCCUACUACAAGGAUUGCUAAAUAAAACUGAUCCGGACGAGCUUAUGGAUAGAUUAGACCCAAUAGGAUGGUUUCGAGGAAUAAAGGCAUUAUUGAGCUCAGAAAUAGGCCAAUCAGCCGAAGAACUCUAUAGAAUAAUUUUAUGUGAUACACCCAUAGGACCAUAUUUUGAAAGGUAUUUACCAACAGUUACAUAUACAAGAGGAUCGAGCAGUAAUAUUGAUAAGACUCACAAGAUACUGGAUUCUGCAAAUAUAGCGAUCAUGAAGGCAACACUUAAAAAGAUGUGGCUCGAGGACUUUUACAACUUCUCGGUGUCACUAGGAGGAACAACAGCAGAUGUCAUGGGCCAUAUUCUUAAGACGGAAGCAGAUUUUAAGGCGCUCUCUCUCACCCUCAACUGCCUUAACAUGACACAAACGGCAGUUCAACAGGAUAGGAAUAAACUUUACCCAUCAAUAGGGUAUUUAUACCCGUAUGGAACAGAUAAGCUGUGUAAAGCAUUCAACGAAACUACAGUUCAAGCAGCUCUGGUGCCAUAUCCAAGAUACGCGGAACUUUAUGAGUCGUCGAAAUCAAAUUUCAGAGCAGAAGCAAGAGUAACUAAAUACGACGCGAGUGAGAAGUCUUUGGAGGACCUGUUCUACGCGGAAAGCGUCCACCUGUGUGAGAUGAGCUUCGAACAACAACUCCAUUUUGGAAUCUUCUACGCGUGGGUAAAACUCAAGGAACAAGAAAUAAGAAAUAUCACAUGGAUUGCAGACAUGAUUCUGCUUAAAAGAAGAGAAGAAAUCUCGAGAGUUUUGCCGAUUUUUAAAUCUAGGGUGUAG